AUGGCUGAAGCAUUUGCUCCUGGUCAAGGUGAUCAAUUACUACAAAUAUCGCAGCUUGAUCCACACAUCAGCAAUACUAAAUUUCUUGAUCAAGCAACAGACAAUGAGAUGAUCAAAAAUCUUAAAAAGAUUUAUGACUUGUAUGUCGAACAAAAGAUGCCUUAUAUCGAACAUGUUCGACUUCUGUCAUUGUUGCCUCGCUCAUGGAGCUACGAGAAAAUUAUGGAACUCUUCGGCUGCUCACGACAUGCCAUUAAAAUAGCUCAUCGAAUGUACGAUGAACAACAGUAUGUACUGACCCGAGACAGUGAACCAUCUAUCAGACAGCGAGCUGAUCCUGAAAAGAUCACGCAUUUUGUGAAUUGGCUUGUCGAAAGUAAUACUCUGGUUUCAGGAACUUACGGUCUUACUGUACUACGUAUGGACAAUGGGGACAAAUACGAGCUGCCCAAGCAAGUGCUUCAGUUGCAAAAAUAUCAUGCUCUUAUUAGCUACAAGAACUAUUGUAAUGAAACUGAUUUUGAAGGUUUAGGAAAUAUCAAAUUAUACGACAUACUCAACAGUAUAAAACCUGCACAGCAACAAGCUGUAGCAGGCCUAGAUGAGUUUGUCGUCGAAGGCGUCGAAGCAUGGUGCUCACUUUCAAGUACGUAG